GAAUUGAGAUGGCAUAUUUUUGUGCUCUCUCUAUUUUUCUGGUGUUUGAGGACGAGAAGCUAAAUGUUGGGUUCCGACCAGUAUUCUACAGCAGCUGAACUUGGCCACUCCUAAGCCACAACUGCUGACCUUCCAUAACCUUCCCGCGUACAACAUUGACGCUGUCCACAGACCAUUACACAUCAGUAUGCUUCUUCUGUGGUUCUCACCGAAGCAAUUCGGCUGCCGCCACCACCUCUCCCUCUCGUUUCUCAAACUCCAAUACGCUGCUCGACGCCAUCCACGCACCCACGUGCUCCCUUCCACCACCACAAGCCACCCCUUCUGCUCCUCACCACCACCUCCUUUCUUCCUCCAUCUCUAUUUAUUAGUCACCUCCCUCUCCUCCCUUUCCUUAGCUCUUCCACCCGCCAAAUGUACACCCUAACCCCCUACUCGCGCCUCUCCAGGGUCCCCCGCCACCACCACCGCCCUUGUCGCGCCACCAUCUCCACACACCCCUCCGCCGUCGCCGCCCCGCCCCGCCUUGACGACGUUACCCGCAUGAGUCCGACCAAUGUUGCAAUCCACGACCCCUCUUCCCUCCGCUCCACGUGGUCGCACCGCGCGUGGGUCGCCACCGGCUUUGCCUCCGUGCUCAGCUCCUUGGCCAAGUCUGUCGCCGCCGCAGCCGACUCCGGCUCCGUCGUGGAACCUCUCCUCGCCGCGUACGUCGGUUACAUCCUCGCCGACCUCGGCACCGGCAUCUACCACUGGGCCAUCGACAACUACGGCGGUCCGUCGACGCCGGUGUUUGGCUCCCAGAUCGAGGCCUUCCAGGGGCACCACCGCUGGCCGUGGACCAUAACCCGUCGGCAGUUCGCGAACAACCUGCACGCCCUCGCCCGAUCCGUGGCCCUCGCCGUGCUGCCCAUCGAGGCCCUCCUCUACGCCGGCGGCGGCGACGCGGCGUCGCACGCGUUCGUGGGGACGUGCGCCGGCUGCGUAAUGCUGAGCCAGCAGUUCCACGCGUGGGCGCACGAGAAGAGGAGCCGGCUGCCGGCGGCGGUGGCGGCCCUGCAAGAGGCCGGGGUGCUGGUGUCGCGGCCCUCGCAUGCGGCGCACCACCGGGAGCCGUACAACACCAACUACUGCAUCGUGAGCGGGGUGUGGAACGCGGCGCUGGACCGGUGGAAGGUGUUCGAGGCGGCGGAGAUGUUAAUAUUCUUUAGGUUCGGGGUGCGGCCGCGCUCGUGGAGCGAGACGCAGUCGGAGUGGCGAGAGGAGACCGAGGCGGCCACCAAGCCAUGAUCGACUCCGUGGAGCUCCGUAAAGCUUAUUCUUUUAAGGCCACAGAAGAGAACUUUUCUUCUGUGGGCCCAUGAUUGGGAUUUGGGUUGGAUUUGAUUGGCUCGCGAGCAUAAUUUAUGAGGACAAUAUUUCAAGGUGAA